AUGCAGCGCUUCUUUGGUCUGCCUCCGAGCGGAGAGCUGACCAACGAGACUCUGGCGGUGAUGAGGAGGCCGCGUUGCGGUCUGUCAGACGUGGAACGGUUUGAGGAGACGAUUCGCUGGAAGAAGAACACUCUGAGCUACAGGAUUGCUGGCUUUAACUCCCCCAUACCAAACUCUAAGGUUCACAAAGUGUUCAGAGCAGCCUGGAAGAUCUGGUCUAAUGUUGCUCCCAUAAAAUUCAGGAAGAGGAGCAGGAAAGAGGCGGACAUCGUCAUUUCAUUCCACAAUGGAGAUCAUAAGGACGGUUCACCUUUUGAUGGUAAAGGAGGAAUCCUGGCUCACGCCUUUCUGCCGGGCUAUGGUAUUGGAGGAGACGUUCACUUUGACGCUGAUGAAGAGUGGAGCUUUAACUCGACAGGUAGUUUUAACUUGUUGGCUGUAGCUGUUCAUGAAUUUGGCCACGCACUCGGCCUGCCCCACUCCUCUGACCCUGGAGCCAUCAUGUACCCUGCAUACAACUUUGCUCCCACUCAUGAACUCCAGCUCUCGUUCCGUGACGUCAAAGAUGUCCAACACAUGUACGGAGUCAGUCCCAAAUUUGCUUCGUUAUUCUCCAAAAAACCUCCUCCAAGAACACCAGGCAAAUGUGAUCCAGAUUUAUCGUUUGAUGCAGUGACAGAGCUUCAACAGGAAGUCCUCUUCUUUAAAGACAGAUUUAUGUGGCGUAAGCAUCCGAAAUUUGACGAGACCAGCAUCACCCUCAUCAGCAGUCUGUGGCCGGACAGUGUGCCUUCUUACCUGGAUGCUGUUUAUGAGAACAUUGGCAGGAACUUCAUAGUGUUCUUCAAAGGUCAGCAGUACUGGAUCCUGAGGCAGCUUAAACUUGAGGAGGGAUUUCCAAGAAACAUCUCUGACUUUGGCUUCCCUUCUACAAUAAAAUCCUUAGAUGCAGCUCUUCACUUCAGAAAUGAGCGCUAUACUGUUUUCUUCACUGGACACCAGUGUUGGAGGUACAACGAGCUGGAGAAGACCAUGGAGGGCUCACCGAUGCUGGUAGAGGAUCAGUGGCCCGGUGUGCCAACUCCUGUAGAUGCAGCUGUCUUCUAUGAAGAAUUUGUGCACUUCUUCGUGGGAAACAUUCACUACAAAUUUGAUCCAAACUCUAAACGUGUCGUCUCCACUGGACCGCUCAACAACGAGCUGGACUGCAGGGCAACUGAGGACAAUGAAAUCCUGCCUGACAGGAGAUAAGUCACAAAGUCAGCCUCUGUGUUGACCGAUGAUGAAAUUACUUCUGCUUUUUAUGCUUUUUGCAUACAACAAGAGUUACAAAACUGUAACAGUAAUAACCACAAUGUACCUAAUAAUUUGGGAGUGGAUGAAUAACAGAGAAGUGUCUGGCAGUGUUACAUAACUGUAAAAACAUACUGUUACCAUCACGCUUGUUCCUUUUUGGACCAAAGAUUAUUUCAGGUGUGUUUUUGUUGUGAUGUUUGUUUGUAUAUAAAGUUGAUGUUGUUUUUAAUGUAUCAUAUUUUUGGUUGUGCUUUUUUAAAAGGACUUUUUGUUAAAAACACAGCAUGUAAAUUCAGCCUCCAUGGGGCUUUUAAUCAAAAAGAUAAAAAAGAUGAUGAUUAGAGACGUACUGUUUGGCUCUGCCCACCGCCACUGCUCAAUUUUAAUUAAGAAGUCUUUUCAAUAAAAACUACUCUUUAGAUCAUAUUUUUUUG